UACAUCAUUAAGGUGACAAUGCAAUAAUUUUGUUAUUUACUUCGCAUCACAAAAUAAUAAUAACAGUCUUUGUACGCAACAUUUUAUUAUUCGUGUGCUUGGCCACAGAAAGUAUUUUAACCCGAAAACAAAUUGAUCGAGAAAGUGAUUGAAAAUUAAAGAAAAUGGCAUCGUUGUAUUUGGGCGUUCGUUUGCCAGAAAAACCAUUCGAACGACUUAAGUUGACCAAUAUUGAUUUGAUAAAAAAAAAUGUCGGGGACCUGAAAAUUGAGACAGAAAAACUUCUCAAUUUUCCACACAACGAACUGGAAUUAAUUUACUGUGGAACCAUAUUGGAAAAUAAUGGUCAAUCGUUGCAAGAGUAUGGCGUACGGUCGGGUACAAUGAUUCAAGUGUUUCAGAAACAGUACGACAUGGAAUAUAAAAGCGAACAAGCGACCACUGAACAAAUGUAUAAGGCAUGUGCUUCUUAUACGGCGAUCUACAAGGCGAUGGCCAACUCAUCAACGAAAGCCAUUCGGCCAGAAGUGAUGAAACAAAUUCUAGAAGCCUAUCCAGAAUUUCAUACAAAUCUCGGCGCAUACGCCAUUCUGCGGGAUUCGAUUCUUCUGCAAUCAAUGACAGAUAUAAAAACUGUUAAAAAAAUUGGCAAAGAAUAUCCGAUUUUGAUUCAUUCGGCUGAUUUUGUGUCAAAAACGUUACGUGAACACUUGGCUGCCAAUAAACCGCUGGUACCAAAUAUUACACCAACCGAAGAUUCAAUGUCCGACUCAUCAAGUUCCGAGAGUGACUCGCCGACUGUAUCACCAAAUCAACGUACCGGAGACAUUCGGCAGAUUAGCCGCGAUCAAUUGGCACAAGCAUUGCUUUUGGCUGGAACAUCAUCGUCGAAUUCAUUAUCUAAUAUUGCACAACGCAAUCAAGCUCAAUCUCAAUCUUCACAACCAUCUACCUCAUCGGCCACUAAUGCGUCACAAUCAUCGGGAUUGAUUAGCAAUUCGAUAUUCUCGAAUGCAUUGUCACAGGCUUUAUUUGCGGCUGGUGCCGGUGGUGCUGGCAGCGCUGAAAGUGGUGGCAGUGAUACAGUUACUUCAACUCAAUCAACAUCUGCACAACCAAAUCCAUCGGACGCUCCCAAUUUAUCGAGCUCAAAUGAAAAUUAUGCCGAACGAUAUGCCAACGAAUUGCAAACGAUGCGCGAAAUGGGACUCUUUGAAGAUAUGAUGAACAUUCAAGCACUGAUCGUUUCGAAUGGAGAUGUUGAAGCUGCCAUCAAUCUCGUUUUAUCCGGAUUGGGCAAUUUUAAUUGAAUUUAUCUAUAAGAAACAAAUUGAAUUCAUCCAAUAAUUCAUGUGUAGUUAAGUGAACAUUCAAAUUUAUUCCACAAAAUCGAAAUAAAAGGAAUUAUUGUCAUAAAAAAUUAUAA